AUGGAGCAAGAAGCGCCUGCCCAACCGGGGUCCGUGCCCGCGGUGACGCUCCGGCGGUUCGAGCUCGCCGACGUCGACGCGAUGAUGGAGUGGGCGUCUGACCCCGAGGUGACGGCGUUCAUGACGUGGGACGCCUACACGUCCCGGGAGGCUGUCCUCGCGUUCCUGCGCGACGCCGUGCUGCCGCACCCAUGGUUCCGCGCCGUCUGCCUCGGCGGCGUCGGCGACGGACACGGACCCCACCGCCCCGUGGGCGCGGUGUCCGUGACGCCCACCGACGACGCGUGCCGCGCGGAGCUCUGCGUCCUGCUGGCGCGCGCGCACUGGGGCAAGGGCGUGGCCACGGCGGCGGUGAAGCGCGCGGUCGCCGCGGCGUUCGGCGACCUCCUGGGCGUGGAGCGCGUCGAGGCGGUCGUGGACGUCGACCACGCGGCGGCGCGGCGGGUGCUCGAGAAGGCCGGGUUCCAACGGGAGGCCGUGCUGCGGAGCUACUGCGUGGUCAAGGGAAGGGUCAGGGACAUGGUCGUCUACAGCGUCAUCUCUACCGACCCUCUCGUUGAGUGA